GGGAUGGCACCGCUCGGCACGGAAGCCCGGGCGCGAAAGUGGGUCGCGGCGGGCGGUGAGCUGCGGCUGUCCCUCUUCAGCAGCAGCAGCGGCAGCAGCGAGGAGCGGGCGCUGUGGGUGCCCGUGAUGGGAGCGCGUCAGCCCGGAGCUGCGCUCUCACCGAUCCCCGAGGGGUUUGGGUUCUUCUGUUCGUUUUGUUUUCUGCGCUUUCUGCACAACACCCGCUGUCACCGAUGGGUACCGAGGGCGAGGAAGCUGCGGCGCCUCUGGCAGGACUCGUGGGGAGCAGGGAGCUGGGGAUUUCUUGGGAGUGAGGCUCGUUGAGACUUUCCCUUCAAGGACCUGACUGUCGUCUUCUUUCACCUGUCUGUCACUUCUUUCACUCACUGAAAACUGCGAGUUUCAGCCCUAACUGGGGGGGGAAGGUCAGACUUUGAAGGCUUUUGCUGCUUAUUGCUGUCAGCCCACUCCCGCAAUUCCAUCCUCAAGCUGAUCUUCCCGAAAUCCUAGAGAGCUUUAUGGGAUAUUGAUUUUCCCUUGGAGAUAGUGGGGUAGGAGCACCCAGAGUGAAAAGGUCUCUUUUUUGGUGUCCCAAGAGUUCUUUCUGCAAACCACUAGGGAAGUCUGCCUGAAGAAAAAUCACCCUGCUGUGUUUACAUCUUCUUCCUGUGAGCAGGUUCUGCAAUCUAGACCUGAAAUCUGCUGUGUCAAAUCAGGCUGGGAAAAGUCACUGUGAAUCUUUUUGCAAAAUUUCUGCCGGUUUUAUCACCAUCACCUUCUCCCCUCCUUCCCUGAGCCCCCUGCUCCCCCUAAGAGGUGAUGGGAUGUGGGCGAGGCUGUGAUUCUCUCUGUGUGUCCCAGGGGUGUAUAUCUGAGGCUGGUACAGGCUUUGGGGCAGUUAUUCUGCCUGGGGCAGUCCAGGGACCUUCAGCAAACUCAGUUUGUUUCUGGUCACCUCCCCUGGUAGGUGUGUGGACAACUGCUCCCCCCUGGACCCAGCUGUGGGUGAGACUCAGUGCUGCUCCUGGCCCCAGAUCAGCCCACACAACUGGUCUGAGGCACCUGGGACAGGACAGGAGCACCUGUGCAGGGCAUCCCUGCAUCUCUGGGGGCACGGGGACAUGAGUGGAGGGUUGGGGUGGGGAGAAGAGGUGCUGGGGGAUGGCAUUUGCUGGAGCAGGAUGUGAAAGAAAGGGUCUUUACACCUUUUUUCCUCCUGGCAGGGUGAUAAACGCAGGGAAGAGCCAGCACAAUGAGGACCAGGCGUGCUGUGAGGUGGUGUUUGUGGAGCAGAGGCCCAGCCCGAGGGGCUGCCUGUCAUCCAGGGAAGGCAGCCGGGAGCUGGAUGGGGGCAGGAAAGGUUUUUAUUUCCACUACUGGGCGUUGUUUGAUGGCCAUGCAGGCAGCGGUGCUGCUGUCAUGGCAUCCGAGAGGCUCCACCUGCACAUCUGUGAGCAGCUCCGGGAGCUCGUGGAGAUCCUGCAGGACCCCUCCCCACCUCCCAUCUGCCUCCCACAUGACACACAGAGCGGUUCUGCAGACACAAACCAGAUGUCCAAUGCAGAGGGCUGUGGGGAGGUCCCCAGCGAUGCUGUGCCACGGUUUCACCUGGAGAAAGCAGUGUCCCAUGAGAGCCUGGUGAUCGGUGCCAUCGAGAAUGCCUUCAAGCACAUGGACGAGCAGAUCGAGCGGGAGCGCGCGUCCCAGCACCUGCCUGGGGGCUGCUGUGCCCUGGCUGCCAUCUACCUCAUGGGCAAGUUCUACGUGGCCAACGCUGGUGACAGCAGGGCCAUUAUCAUCCGUAAUGGGGAAAUCAUUCCAAUGUCCAGGGAGUUUACUCCAGAGACAGAGAGGCAGAGGCUGCAGUUUUUAGCACUGCUGAGGCCCGAGCUGCUGGGGAAGGAGUUCACCCACCUGGAGUUCCCCCGCAGGAUCCAGCCCAAGGAGCUGGGGAAGAAGAUGCUCUACAGGGACCAGAACAUGAAUGGCUGGGCUUACAAAAAGAUAGAAGAGGAUGACCUGAAGUUUCCACUUAUCUUUGGGGAAGGCAAAAAGGCUCGGAUGAUGGCCACGAUUGGGGUCACGAGAGGCCUGGGAGACCACGACCUCAAGGUGUUCAGCUCCAACAUCCACAUCAAGCCUUUCCUGUCCUGCUUCCCAGAGGUCAGGGUUUAUGACCUCACGCAGUACGAGCACUGCCCUGACGAUGUCCUGGUGCUGGGCACCGAUGGGCUCUGGGAUGUCACCAACGACGAGGAGGUGGCGGGUGUGGUGAUGGAGGUGCUGACCAGCUAUGAGCCCAACGACCCGUGCAGGGUGCUGCGUCAGGGGUCAGUGCUGAGCCGUGCUCUGCUGUGCCUCCAGGUACACCAUGGUGGCCCAGGAGCUGGUGGUGCGCUCACGGGGGGUGCUGAAGGAGCGUGGCUGGCGCCUGGCCAAUGACAAGCUGGGCUCUGGUGAUGACAUCUCUGUUUUUGUGAUCCCCCUGGGUGGCCCCGGCAACUACACGUGAUGCUGAGUGAGCCUGGGGCAGCUCACCUUGCCUGCAUGGAGACACCGUGCAGUGGGACACUGAGGCUGCCUCAGGGCCACACCUCCUCUGAGCACUUGUUUUUGAGCCAGCUGCAAGAAGAGCAAGAAACCUGGAGCGUCAGUCUGUGCUUCUGUCGAGAGCAUCCCCCUCCCCGGCUUGCAUCCCAGUCCCAGGCAGAGACGGAGAGGCCUUGGAUAGAGUGUGAACACUGGGGUUGAGGGGUGUUUUUAUGCUGCUACUUUCUCAAUGCUGUGAAAAGCCUGAAGGCUCCUUGGCUCCUCAGCAUGUCCUUUGCCUCUUGCCAUGGCUGUGCUGGCUGCAGCCCUGUGUGAGAGCCAUGGGGCUGCUGGGGCACUCAUACGUGCUGCAGUCACCCCCUGUCUCCUGCCCUGGGAUGCUCUGGCCAGUGACACUGAAGCUGCUGCUGCAGGUGGGAGCUGGGGCUCAGGUGGGAUGUGACUGGGAGUAAAGCCCCACAGGCAGCUGGGCAGUGCUAAGCCUGGCACAAGUCCAGUUGUGGCCCUACAAUGGCCAUCCCAACCUUGUAUUCUCAAUUUUUAGCCCCUCACACCUUCACUCUGUCGUGGACUUUGCCUCAGUAUCCAGACAGGGAGACUGGAGCAGGGACCAAGCUCUGCUGUGCACCCAGAGCCCUGAGCAGGGACAAGCAAUUGCACCAGCACUGGCUGUGCCACAGGUUCUACCCCUGUCCUCUCUUGGCUUGGGUCACUGCAGUGCUUCUGGAGCCAAUUAUUUAUUAACUGCAGAGCUGAGCUGGAAAAUGUCUGAAUCCUUUCAUGGUGUGGGGAGCCUGUGAAUGCAUGUGUAUAUUUUGGAGUGGUUCUGAGUUAGCAGCCUCACACAGAGCAGCCCUAUUCAGGUGAGCUUAACAGCUUAACUGCACUGGAUCUGCUUUGCCCCGGGCUGGGAACCCACAGUAAAAGCAGCUUGGUGUGACCAGGGCAGGAAAGACAGCUCCCAUGUUUUCCUUAAUGGUCUCAGAACUGGUGCAGAGGGGAGCUGAGCAGUUGGUGUCUGCACUGGAUUUUUGCAUCACACACAUCUCUAACCUGGAGCAUCCAUUUCCCAGACCUCUGCAGAGUCCUGAACUGUGAGGGAUUGUCCCAUCCUGGCCCUGUGGGGAUGGGGAGAGCUGGGCCAUGGUCCCUUGCUUGGGAAAGGCUCUGUGGCACCAUCCUGUCACUGGCUGCAGCCAGCUCUUGUCAAGUGUCACCUCUAGUGAAUGUUGUGUGUGUCCUGUAACCAGCGAGAUGUAAAUAAACUGGGUGCACACAAUGGAAAGUGAAAGUUACACACGAGAUAUGGACCUGUUGGCACCCAUGCUGCAGGGAGUGGUGCUCGGGCCGGGAGCCUGUCCUUGUGUAGCACUGUGUGUUUAAAUAAAGAUUUUGCCACUCGCAGUCCUA